UCUAGACGGGCUGAGGAUGGGAGGCGGCCAAUGACUCGGCGGCGCUCCGCGGGGCCUCCGAGCGCGGCGCCGGGGAACACAAAGCCAGCGGGCCGCCGGGGGGGCGGGAGCGCAGCCUCGGGGCGCCGGGACCCCCACGCCGGCCGCCCGCGCGCGCAUGCCGCGCCCCCCCGCGCCCCCCGCCGCCCCCGGGCCGGCCGUGCGCCUGCAGAGCCCCGGCCGGGGCGCCCGCUCCCCGCGGCGCCCAUGUAGCGCCCCCCGACGGCGGCCCGGGCCCAUGCGGCGCCCCGCGGGGCCGCGCUGAGCGAGGCGCCGGCGCAUGUUCCGCUCCCGGCGCGCGGGGCUGGUGCGGCGCCUGUGGCGGAGCCGCGUGGGCCCGGAGCGGGAGGCGGCGGGCGGCGACGAGGCCGGCGAGGGCGCGGGGGGCGCGGGCGGGGCGCGCGCGGGGGGCGGCGGGCGCGCGGGGGGCGCCCCGAGGCGGCCCCGGGACUCGGCGGCGGCGGCGGCUCCGCGGGGCGGCGCGGGCGCGGGCGCGGGCGCGGGAGGAAGGCGGCGGCGCGCGGGGGCCCCCCCCAGGCCCGGGUCCGAGGCGGGGGGCUCCGGCCGGCCGCCCGACAGCGACGGCGACACGGUGACCUGCUGCCUGUUCCCCGAGCGCGACGCGCCCCCCGCCGGCGUCCCCGCGGCCCCCGCGCCCCCCGCGCCCCCCGGCCGGCUGGCGCCCCGCGAGCAGGAGCUGCAGGCCGGCGCCCACGCGCUGCUGAAGCGCCUGCAGGAACGCGCCCUGGGGACCCUGCUGGAGGCCGUGGAGUCCCGCGGCGCCGUGCCCGGGGGCUGCGUGCUGGUGCCCCGCGCCGACCCCCGCCCGCCCGCCCGCCCGGCGCCCCCGCACCUGCUGCUGGGACGCCUGUUCCGCUGGCCCGACCUGCGCCACGCGCUGGAGCUCAAGGCCCUGAGCGGCUGCCACAGCUUCGCCGCCGCCGACGGGCCCACCGUGUGCUGCAACCCCUACCACUUCAGCCGCCUCUGCGGGCCAGAAUCUCCGCCUCCUCCCUACUCUCGGCUGUCUCCUCAGGACGAGUACAAGCCGCUGGGUAAGUUCUGGGCCCUCCCCCAGGGCUGUGCCAUCCUACCCCUACCUUUUGUGCAGCUGGGCGGAGGGGGAGGGGGAAACCCUGGUGGGCUGCCUAGAGGAGGAGUGAGGUUUGCCCAGACACGCCCACUUUCAGAGCAGGCUGGGCCCAGACUCAGCCUCCCCCACUGCAUCACAGAUGCUCACAGGGUCCCCAGAGGCGCCUGGUGUCCCCAGAACCUGGCUGUCCCAGGCCAGCAAGGCCUGGUGACAUCUGCCUCAUUCUGUUACUGUUUUUAUUUUAGUGUGUGUGUAAGAGAGAGAGAGAGAGAGACAGACAGACAGACAGAGAGAGACCACAGCCCUGCUCAGCUCUGGCUGAUGGUGGUGCUGGGGACUGAACCUGGGACCCUGGAGCCUCAGGCAGGAGAGGCUUUUUGCAGAACCCCUGUGCUGUACUGCAGCCUCACACCCUGGCAGAGCCUGUGCUGUAAGCCUGCCCCUCCCGUGGGUGUGGAGUGGCUCCCAUGUCUCUGCGAGGACACAGGGGUAUCUUUGUAG